AUGUUAACUGAUAAAGCGAUAAAUGAAUGCGUUUGUCCGCGAUGCCUUCAUUCGUCGUGUCCCCUUCCCAAUGCGGAGCCACCGUACGAUGAAAUCACGCAAGAAAUAAAUAAUAAUUUCAUAUCCGUCAAGGUGCCGAAAUGCAAAAGAAAAUUCGAGAAGGAAGACGAGGAUGAGGAAGAAAAAUUGAGUUUUGACUUUAAUUGCGCCGAUGCCGAAGGUGAAAAAUGCAAAACUGGUUGCACCAAAGUUCACGUGAUACCGAACGAGUAUGCCCCACCGAAAAAGCCCGAGGAAGAGAUGCUCUCGUUGAAGUCUAUAAGUCACAUUAUGCCCAACGACAGAUUAGACAACACUAUCGAAAUUGAAUUCAAGGCAGCGCGAAAUUACAAUCCGUUGCCUGAACCCGGACCACCGCCGCCCAUAAUUGUACCAAGGCAGCGUAUUAAGAAGAAGAAAGGCAAGGGGAAAAAAAAAAAG